GCCGAGCUGGUGGUGGACAAGGCCAUGGAGCUGAAGUACGUGGGGGGCGUCUACGGUGGGAACAUUAAGCCUACGCCCUUCUUGUGCUUGACGCUGAAGAUGCUGCAGAUCCAGCCCGAAAAGGACAUCAUCGUGGAGUUCAUAAAAAACGAGGACUUCAAGUAUGUCCGAAUGCUUGGUGCAUUGUACAUGAGAUUGACAGGCACUGCCAUUGACUGCUACAAGUAUCUUGAACCACUGUACAAUGACUAUCGAAAAAUAAAAAGUCAGAACAGAAAUGGGGAAUUUGAACUGAUGCAUGUGGAUGAAUUUAUUGAUGAACUACUCCACGAGGAACGUGUAUGCGAUAUCAUUCUGCCUCGAUUACAGAAACGGUAUGUUCUGGAAGAAGCUGAGCAACUCGAGCCUCGUGUUAGUGCUCUGGAAGAAGACAUGGAUGAUGUAGAAUCUAGUGAGGAGGAGGAAGAGGAAGACGAAAAGCUGGAACGAGCACCCUCUCCUGACCACCGCAGAAGAGGCUACAGAGACCUUGAUAAACCUCGCAGAUCUCCAGCUGUGCGAUACAGGCGGAGCCGAAGCAGGUCUCCAAGAAGGCGAAGCCGCUCUCCAAAGAGAAGAAGUCCGUCACCACGCCGGGAGAGACACCGCAGCAAAAGCCCAAGACGACACCGGAGCAGAUCCAGGGAGAGGCGCCACAGAUCAAGAUCUAAAUCUCCAGGGCAUCAUCGUAGUCACAGACACAGAAGUCAUUCCAAAUCACCUGAAAGAUCUAAGAAAAGUCACAAGAAGAGUCGGCGAGGGAAUGAAUAACAAACUAAAUCCAGCACACAGUUUAAGGACCUUGAACUGCAGUCUAAUACUGUCCUAUUUGCUUUAUGGGACAGCUGGACAUGUACUGGCUGCUUUAGCAGUCCAUUUCUUUAAUCCUUCUCCUCUUGUACAAGUCUUGUUUGUUCGGGGGUUUUUUAUUAAAAGAAAGCUAAGGAUACUUUUUAUGUAGUUAAUUACCCAUCCGUGUGAUAGAAUUUGAGGAUUGUUUUAAAAUUGUUUUUCUCAAGGCCUGUAAAAGCUAGUGAAGAGCAAUUAAAAAAGGGGGUGGUGGUGUGUCUUUAAA